UCUCUGUGAGGCUUUUAACCUCACGUAUUUUCUCUUCUGGUGUGUCUUCAAAAGCACCUUUACAGAGUCAAAGAUGGACCUUGUGCUCAACGUUGCAGAUUAUUACUUCUUCACUCCAUACGUGUAUCCCUCAUCAUGGCCGGAGGACGAGCCUCUGCGGCAGAUCAUCGGCUUGAUGGUGGUCACCAACCUGGGUGCUGCGAUCUUAUAUCUAGGCCUGGGUGCUUUGAGCUACUUCUUCAUUUUUGACCACAAAUUAAUGCAACACCCUCAAUUUUUGGAGAACCAGGUGCAACGUGAAAUAAAGUAUGCUCUGUGGUCUUUGCCCUGGAUCAGUGUACCAACAGUAGCAUUGUUUUUCGCCGAGGUCAGAGGAUACAGCAAACUGUACGACAGUGUCGAUGAAUCGCCACUCGGAUGGUCAGGACUGAUUUUCAGCAUGGUCUCUUUCCUGUUCUUCACUGACAUGUGCAUUUACUGGGUUCACAGAUUCCUUCACCACAAGUUGAUAUAUAAGUAUUUUCACAAACCACAUCAUGUGUGGAAGAUCCCCACUCCGUUCGCCAGCCACGCUUUCCACCCCGUGGACGGAUUUGUUCAGGGCCUGCCAUACCACAUCUACCCCUUCCUCUUCCCCCUACACAAGAUUCUCUACUUAGUCCUGUAUGUGUUCGUCAACAUAUGGACCAUUUCCAUCCACGACGGAGACUACCGCGUGCCCAGCUUGAUGGAACACAUCAUCAACGGUUCAGCUCACCACACAGACCACCACCUCUUCUUCGACUACAACUACGGGCAGUACUUCACGCUGUGGGACCGCAUCGGAGGCUCCUACCGCUAUCCUUCAGCCUUGAUGGGGAAGGGGCCAUACGACCACAUUAAAAAACUGAUGGCAGAAGGGAAGCUGAACUCAAACGGCGUAAACAGCCAGACUAAUAAUAAUAAAAAUGGUGUCCAUGUCAAGAAAGAGUAGGUAGGCAGAAUAAGCAUCAGUUUCAAGGUAAGAUUUUUGCUCUUAAAAUAGGUUCUUAUUCACAAGAAACUCUUAGCACUAAAAUAAUCAGUUCUGCAUAAAAUUGCCAAAAAGAAGCAAGGACAAAAUGUGAGUUUUUUUGCCAAAUAGAAACAUUUGCUAUGGCUACCUUGUUGGUAUUCUUGCUUUUGUGUAACUUAAUAUGAAUAACUUAAAUUAACAGGCUUCUGUCAAGUGAGUGUCUAUAAUUUCACUGUCAUAAACAUUCAAAGAAUGUAUGAAGAUUGACAGACUUUCUCUUCCCUUCACCUCAGUUCACCUUUCCAUUAGCAGACUCUGACUUUCUCCCAUAGCUUUGUUUAUCUAUGAACUGAUAAAUGGUUCAGAGACCUGGUGAAGGAUUUUUGCUCAUCUACAGUCAUCUUGUUUUAAAAGAGAUUCUGUGGUUUGCUUUUGAUAUGAAAUGCACAUUCUUUCAAAAAAAAAAAAAUCGCUGUAUUUCAUUGGUGUUGCUAUAUUGUGCAUGGGAAUCUGAGGUCAAGUCAUGUUAUGUAAUUCUGCACUUAUUCUUCGGAUUGACAGACACCUUGAUUGUGGAGAAGAGAGCCAGAGUUAGUGCUCAAGUAACAUGAUUGUUAAUAGCAAACACUGUAGUUUUGAAUAGCAUAGCAGCAAUCAUGUAACCAUCAUGGCACACACUAGAGGGUGCUGUUGAAUCACACAAUAUUCAGGUAUUAGUGAUUAUAGAAUGGAA